AUGCCCCCGUCAGCCUCCCAUAUAUCCAGCCAACUGCGGCAAUUGGUCUACUAUCACCUCGACAACAACCUAAUCCGAAAUGCCCUUUUCGUUGCGGGUCGCCUACAUGCGUUCGAGCCGAGAUCUUCAGAAUCUGCCUACUUGCUGGCCCUUUGUCACCUUUUAGCUGGGCAGCAUGUCUGGACCUUGGGAAGUACAUGGAAGGAAUCACCGCUUUGGAGCGGAGUAGGCCACAUUGGAUAUCCAGAAACAAUUGGAGUGCGUGAUACCUCUCUGGUUUUGAAUAUAUACGAAGAGGUCAUCACUGUUUUUGGAGUGCUAAUUGACUCUGGAACAGACAAACAUAGUGAAAGCCGUCGCCAGCAUCUACCUGAUGCCGCAGCCGUUCUAUGCCUCCAGGGACGAUUAUGGAAAGCUCACAAGGAUAUACAUAAAGCUGUGGACUGCUAUGUUGAAGCGCUGAAAUUGAAUCCCUUUCUUUGGGAUGCGUUUCUAGGCCUUUGCGAAGCAGGAGCUAACGUUCGAGUCCCAAACAUCUACAAAAUGACACCGGAGAUGAUAGCGGUUCUGACAGCAUCCCCUUCCGCAGAGAGCCUUUCCUCCUUCGUCCAAGGAACGGCACAAGUCGGUCCGCUGCAGACACAACCAAAUUCCAAUAACGUGGACCCUUUCGUGUCUCUCAAUCCCCGUGCUGAAGGAGUCAGUGGAUCAGGUUGUUCCGCGCUUUGGGAAAAGCUGAAUGGGAAUUCUUUGAAUGUAAAUUCGGGCGGCUCCUUAGCUACCGAAGGCAUGGAAACGCCUAUCGCGCAAAGUGAUUCCGAUGACUUUCGAGUGAAUGGGAGCGGUGGCAUCGGAUCAGGGUCUUUCGGAGAACCACCACUCGCUCCAGCCCGAAAACAGCGAUCCAUGCAGGUUUUGGGUCACGAAUACAACCUUGAUCCACCCCCAAAGAUGAAAACUACGAUUACCAGAUCGAAGACCCGCUCCCGAACUGAAGCUGAGGAAGGGGUUUCGACUCGUGAAGCCCCCGUACCGCUCGUUGCUGACCGUAAGAGGACUGUGUCGGGCCACAUUGCACCUAGUUCCUCCUCUCAGCAAACCGAGCCUGGAGCUCCGCAGAGGCGAAGUGUCCGGCUUUUCAAUCAAAUUCGUCCGUCUUCAGCUAAAGUUUCUGCUUUAGCAGGAUCGAAAGAGAGCCGCGAGAUCAAAAAGGUCAAAUCCACGGGCGUGAAGUCUCGAAAUGUCUCUGGUUCGAGUAUGACGAGGGCCGUGAGCGGCAGCCGAAAAGCGGUCACAGAACCAAUGGACAUUGAUAAAAAGGAGACCGCCGGUAGUCAACAUAAGAGUGCACAGCCCGAUAGGUCGAAAGAGAUAGAGGCUCUUGGCUGGACCCUUGAACUCUUCUCCAAAUUUGCUAGUGGUUUCAAUGCGUUAUCCAAUUAUCGAUGUCAAGAGGCUAUUCAAAUCUUCAAUUCAUUGCCGCAAAGUCAGAGAGAAACUCCAUGGGUUUUAUCACAUCUUGGCCGUGCGUAUUACGAGCAAGCGCAAUACAGCGAGGCGGAAAAAUUCUUUGUUCGAGUGCGGACAAUCGCACCAUACAAUCUGAAGGAUAUGGAGGUCUAUUCAACAGUCCUCUGGCAUCUGAAAAAUGCGGUUGAACUGGCAUAUCUAGCACACGAGCUUAUGGAAAUUGAUCGCCUGUCCCCCCAGGCUUGGUGUGCUAUAGGGAAUUCAUUUUCCCUUGAAGGAGACCAUGAUCAGGCAUUAAAAUGUUUUCAACGGGCAACUCAAGUGGAACCCAGGUUUGCAUACGCAUUCACUCUACAAGGCCAUGAAUAUCUUUCAAAUGAAGAGCAUGAUAAAGCCAUGGAUGCCUACCGACAUGCGAUUGGUGCUGAUAGCCGGCAUUACAAUGCGUGGUACGGGCUGGGUAAGGUAUAUGAAAAAAUGGGUAAAUUUAAAUUUGCGGAGCAGCAUUACCGGACAGCGUCCAGUAUCAAUCCAACCAACGUGGUGUUGAUAUGCUGCAUUGGCUUGGUUUUGGAACGGAUGGGGAAUCAUAGGGGCGCAUUAGUACAGUAUGCUCGAGGUUGCUCAUUGUCGCCGCAAGCAGUCGUUCCGCGUUUGCGCAAGGCUCGCACCCUUUUGAAACUUCAAGAGCUCAAGCAAGCUCACUCUGAGCUCAAAAUUUUGAAAGAUAUUGCACCAGAUGAACCGAAUGUGCAUUAUCUGCUUGGGAAGUUUUAUAAAAUGAUGCACGACAAGGGGAAUGCCAUCAGGCAUUUCACGACUGCAUUGAAUUUGGAUCCAAAGGCUGCCCAGUUCAUCAAAGACGCAAUGGAAUCCCUUGAAAACCCUGACGAUUUUGACGACGAUAUAGCCUAG